CAAUUAUCAAAUUAUUUUUUCUCUAACUUGUCAGGAAAGUGUUGCAAAAUCCGAAAUUUACAUUUCAGAAUUGUAGGCGACUCAAUUCAACCUACAAUUUUGCACUAGUUGAGAGUGUAAAAAUUGUUGUGCCAAAUUACAUGUCAUCUCUAAGUCUAACCAGUACGAUGUCAUUUCAUUCUGGUGUCGGUGAGAAACAUUGAGUGACGUGGCAGCGUUCUGCUGGUUAAACGUAUCAACGGAAGACCAAAGUAUUUAAAUCUAAUGGACAGAAAAGAUCAUGACGUGGCCGUAAUCUAAUGGGCUGAUCAGGUCUACGUUUAAACGGAACGUAUUUAAAGAACAACAGAUUAAGCAGACAAGGGAUAUACUACUACUAAUUCUCUCUAUUUUGAUCGGAAAACAAAAAUGGCGGUGAACGGUGAAAAUGGUGUCGGUGCGAUUAGGGUUAGCGGAAUGCAGUUUUCUUACGAUGUCCAGGAUCCUAUUUUCUUCGAUUUCAACAUCGAUCUCUCCGCUGGAUCUCGUUGUCUCUUGGUUGGUGCUAAUGGAUCUGGGAAAACAACAUUAUUGAAGAUUCUGGCUGGAAAGCAUAUGGUUGGAGGAAAGAACGUUGUACAAGUGCUUGAUCGUUCGGCAUUUCAUGAUACAGAGCUUGUUUGUAGUGGUGAUUUGUCUUACCUUGGAGGAUCAUGGAGUAAAACUGCUGGUUCUGCUGGUGACAUUCCUCUUCAGGGAGAUUUCUCAGCAGAACAUAUGAUAUUUGGAGUUGAAGGGAUUGAUCCUGUGAGAAGAGAGAAGUUGAUUGAUCUUCUUGAUAUCAAUCUUCAAUGGCGUAUGCAUAAGGUUUCUGAUGGCCAGAGACGUCGUGUGCAAAUAUGUAUGGGUCUUUUACAUCCUUUCAAGGUGUUAUUACUGGAUGAGGUUACUGUCGACCUCGACGUUGUUGCUAGGAUGGAUUUAUUGGAAUUCUUUAAAGAAGAAUGUGAACAGAGAGGAGCUACAAUUGUAUACGCAACUCAUAUUUUCGACGGUCUAGAGACAUGGGCUAGUCAUCUGGCUUACAUUCAUGGAGGAGAGCUGAAACUCUCGGCCAAAUUGGAUGACAUCAAGGAUCUCAAAACCUCACCAAAUCUGCUCUCUGUUGUUGAAUCUUGGCUCCGGUCUGAAACCAAAGUCGAGAAGAAGACGAAGAAGAAACCUGUUGUUACGUCUCCAUUUAUGUCCUCUAGACAAAUGGCGUAUUACCGAUGAAUCUUAACUUCUAUAAGAGAUCAGUAAGAAUAAGAGCACCUCCACUUAAUGUCUUUGUUUUCCAUGGUGUUUCAUCUUUUAGAAUCCGAUCAUUUUUAUAACACAAAUGAAAGAAAUUAUGUAAAACACCGUUUUAAAUUAAAUUAUUAUUUUACGUUAAUUGAA